GCCAUCCUUGUUAGGCUUUCUCCCGUCGAGGGUCUACCCCAGCGAGGGUGUCUGUCUUAGUGUGAAAAGGGGGAGAAGAAAGAAGCGAAGUGUUCUAGAAGGGCCAAUUCCGCCUCAUCUACCGCCUUUUAGCAUCGUCAAAUUACCCCAUCGUCAUUGAUCAUACUUCCCGUGCGAAUUCAAUUUUAGCACAAUGAGCUAUUGUCCAAAUCCGGAUCUAGAGAUCAAAAAGCUCCGGGCUUUGCUAGAGCAGAGGGAUGCCGCACAUCGGGAGGCAAUGAGAAAUAAGGACGAAGACCUUCGCAAAGCGAAGCAAGAGAUAUCGCAGCUACAAAAUUCUGUUUAUCAAUCUCAAAUAACACCACAAUUCUCGAGCCCAAGCGUACCUAAUACUUCUGCUAUCCAUAAUGAGUUUCAACUGUCGAGUGCCGCCACGCUUGCCCCGCCUGCCACGCCUGCCACGCCUGCCACGCCUUUCCAUCAAGAUGGCAUGUCGAGAAGUAAUACAGUUCCUCGCAGCAAUGGUAUCCACGUGCAUAAUCGUUAUGAAGAUGUUGCACGACAAUCUGACCGACAUAGCAGUAAUGCCUACGCCAUCAAGCGCGCGAGAACCAUGUCUCAACAAACACCAGUUUCGCAGAGGAUGGACCGCGUCGGCUCGAAUAUAUCUACCCAAUCUGCUGGCCCUUUCACAGGCAACGCACCAAUAUCACCCCAAUCACGCACGCAUAACGGCGGUAUGUAUAUGAGAACUGCUGGCACGGCGGAGUAUGUAGACAGGGACGAACCUACAUCAUAUGCCCUCACCCACUCACAGUCUAUGCGGUCAUCUCAGACAUCAAGACAUCGACACGACAUGCCUACUCUUUCGGAAGCAGGGCCCAUGACCGGCGUGAUGCUCGACCCCGAAGUCUAUUUUGCGCAGCAUCCGUUCCAAGAAGAACCGCCUCCCGCCAUAGAAUCGUUCGGAUCAUCUGUGCCUUCGCAGAGCCAAGACGUUGACGUACCUCAGUUCAAUAUUACAAAUGUUUCGGUUUGUGGUUCGAUGACUACGGCACCUACAUAUGACACUGCGCCAAUGACCCGAACAAAUAGUUUGUUCGACAGCCAGUCCGUGUCCGGCGGUGUGCAAAUGAUGACUCUCGGGUCGCAGAUGUCUCAGGGCGGCGAAGUAUAUUAUCGCGAAACCUCUCAACAAAAUAAUGCUAGUGAUAAUUCACCAUUAGGGAAGCGACCUUACUGCAGUGAGGACGCUCUUAUUGCCGUGGGAUCCAGCCUCGCUCCUCCAUUUGCUCAUCAAUAUGCUGCGUCAGCGCCUACUGACACAAUUUUGGCGUCGGAUAUGGAACGAUCGGUAUCCAGUGCGAGCAUGGCUAGCACUCGAUCAAGCUCCUCUCUUAAGGUUCGGGCCAAGGACACUCUGAAGCAACAAUGUCAGCGUGCUCUGAAUGCACCGUUGAAACCGAAGCCGAGAACGGAGCAGGAAACGUCGGAGUCGCAUACCACUACGAAGAAAGAUGGCAAGGCAGCCAUCGCGAAGACAAAGUAUGUACGACCGAAGCAACCUAAGGUCUACUGCGACUUGUGCGAUGAACACAAAGACGGAUUUCGUGGCGAACACGAGCUUCGGCGUCAUAGGGAUGCCAAGCAUCAGGCUACCGUAAAGAAAUGGAUAUGCGUUGACCCCGCCGCCCACGGUCUCCCUAUUGGCAUACCGGCUGUCAAUCCCCUCAGCAAGUGCAAGGCAUGUAAGGCGCAGAAGAAAUACGGCGCAUACUAUAACGCAGCCGCACAUCUUCGCCGCACUCACUUCAAGGAGAAGCCGUCGCGGCAGAAGAACAAGAGCAACGGUGGCAACCGCGGGGAAGAAGACAAGCGCGGCGGAAAGGGUGGCGGCGAUUGGCCUCCUAUGAGCGAGUUGAAGAACUGGAUGAAAGAGAUCUGGGUGAGCAAGUAUGAGCAAGACGAUGACGACGGCGACGACGAAGAUGUGGCAAACCUGGUUGUGGAUGUCGAGUCCGGGGUUAUAGAGUCGUAUCCUACCGACUUCAAUGUGCCACACAAGAUAUCGAAUCAUGAUGCAUUCGCCGAAGUAAACUACGGAAAUCUAGUCGUCAAUACUGAUGUCAGCUAUAUCAACGGAAUGCCAUUGUCGUCCGCUGACUUCAACUUUAACAGCGGCAUCUCACCUGUCACCAUAUCGCCUGACUUCGCCUCGGACCUUUCGACCAUAAUUCCCCAAGACAACAUAAACCAAUAUAGCUCUGCGCUUUCAUCGUCCGCAACAGUGACUCCUAUGACCGCUUUUCAUGAGGUACCGCGUAUGGAAGAUUUCGACUUCAGCAUAGUGUACCCUCAAUGAUCUUUAUUUGCCUGGGAUGAUAACAGCCUCCCAACCGAAGCCAAGCUGCGUUUCUAGUCGACUGUUUUUUUUUUUCCUUGUUUUCCGCUGUCAUUUCCAUCACGACAUUCUUCGCUUAUUGUUCAAACGGUACACAUACUAUUAUCUUUCGCUAUACAUCUCAUUUCGUCAGCGGCGCCUCUUUUCGACGUCGACCUGUUCUUC